AUGUCAGCACGCCCAUCCCCUCAACCUAUCGAUCCGGGUCCUUCAGACGCUCAGUAUCCCUCGCCGGAUUUGCUGAGAACAACCGAGUCAGAUGUGGCACAUCUGACGCUGGACAGCUUACAGAAACUUGAAAAAUCCCUGCUUGAUGUCUUCUGGACUCGGUAUCAUCCCCUAAUGCCGAUUAUUAGUCCCGAGGACUUGACGAUCACGUCGGGUCAAAACUCUGAGUCAUUGCGGCAAGCGCUCAUGGCCUACUGCUUACAAUCAAUUCAUUGUGCCGGGCUUCAGAGCCGCUUGCUAAGCAUCCAAAUAGACUCAGCAUUAUUACACAGAGGAGAGCAUUCCACUCAAGCCCCUUCGCUAGCUAGCCUAUAUGUUGCGUUCUUCCAAAGGGCUCUAGGGACGAACAGCGACUAUCUCUUGUACGCAGAGCCUUCUUUACUGGACGUGCAGCGGCAUCUCUUUAUGGCCGCUUUUCUCCAGAACUCUGGAGAAUACCAAGCAGCAUAUAAUAUUAUUGGCGUGGCGAUGCGACUCGCACAGUCGCUGGACUUACAGCACCCCCUGGUAACUCGUGCGACCGCACAUGAGGUUGAGACGCGUCGUCAUGUUUGGUGGACAUUGGUACACCUCGACUUCCAUUGUUCACGACUUCUGGGAAAGCCUAUGGCUAUCUCUCUAGAUGAUGCGAUACUCAACACGCCACUCCCAAACCCGCGGGAUUCUUCGGAUACCUCAGAGCUCGGAUUCCAUUCGGCAUCGAUAUCGCUCACUGUUGUGGCAAGGAAGAUGGCCGAGGAUCUGGAGCGUCAUGUGCGUGAUUCGUCGACAACUGAUCCAUAUAAUCAAAUCGAGCGCCAUGCGCACCUUUUGUCGCGGGAAAUCAAGGGCCUGUAUCGAUGGAGAGAUCAAGUCUUGGACGCGAACCUAUACACCAACAUUACACUUUCAUGUAAUGUUUAUCAACCAGACGAGGCUACCUCUUCCAUGAGUCGGCUGAGACAUGAUCAGAAUGCAACACUGUCGUUUCAUGAGGCCCCAGUUCUCACCUUACAAAAAACGCUUUUAGAGCUUCGAUACCAUGACAUCGUACUCUGGGCUCACCGACCUUUUAUCCAAUUCUCAAGUCGCAGCUUAGUUCCGCAACGGAGUCCACAAGCCGAUAUACACGCCACCACGGCACUACAACAUGCGCUAACCGUCACCGACCUCAUACACACUCGCAUGCUUUUUCAUGAUGCUCUUUAUGGAUGCUCAGAAAUCUACCAGUACGUGUGGAAUGCAGUUCUCACCCUUGUGGGGUUUAUGCUGGCCUACCCCCUAUGCUACUGGUUCCCACUUGCUCAGCAACAUGUUGAGCGAUCUCUUCCAAUAUUUGAGGGGGCGGGGACAAACAAUCCAAUUGCAUCCCGAGCGGCUCAACGGACACGGUAUCUACUAGGGAGAGUUAGUGCCCUCAUAGAGUUGUUGAGUUCUCAAUCAUCAGCGUUCAGUGAUCGCAACGAUUAUCGGAGGGUGCAGACCGACGAACAAACGGAAGCAGGGAACCAGCAGCCUUUGCCUUUCGCAUCCGAGGAGAACGCUUUGUGGUCAUUUGCAGAUACUGUUGACCCUAACACCUGGUCUGGUUACUGUCACGAAAUCAGUGAUAUGUUGAUGGACGUGCCUGAGAUACAUUUGGAAACUAAUUUUUGA